AUCGACUGGUUUGGACACCUGCCAUUGACCAUUUUCUGUUAUCAAUUAUCAGGCCUGGAUUAAACGAGGAAGCUGACGCUCUCGCAGCUGAACAGAGCUAGCAAAGCAAAGGUAGCAGGUCCAAAAAAGCAAAAUAGCGGGUUGACUCUCUAUGCCGACACGCUGACAGUUUCAGAAAUCGCUUCGUUGUUCCAGGUUUGUGCUCAUGCAGGAGGACAACCGGAGCCAUGUUGACUGAGCUGCUUGAAUUUGGAGGCUCUUUCUUCCUCCAGGCUGAAGAUGAUGGUAUCGGUGGGACUCGCUAGUUUCGCCUGAGCUCCUUUCAGCACCGCCGCCGCCUCAUAAGUUGGUUGUUGUUGGAAACCGAGCUCGAGGGAUGGCUUUGCACAGUACUGGAUCAUUCCAAGACCCCUCACAGGGCACAGGGGAUCGGGGGGAGCUGGUGCACACAUUGUCUAAAGAAGCCCCUGGGUCUUCAGAUGCCUCUGAGUUGGGAAGCCCUCGCAGUACACCAAACUUUGACCUCCUCAACAUGGUUUUGUCCUAUAAGAGGAUGGCUCUAUAUCUAGAACCGGUUACAGAUACAGUGGAGCUCAUUCGCUUCCUGCUCGGGUGGAAGAUGCCACUGUGUUCUCUGCUUGUUUGUAUUUUCCUCAAUGUCUUCUUCUGCACAGUUAAUGAAGUUGGUUGGUUCACUGUGAGUUUAGCAGCAGUAUCUUUGCCGGCUGCCCUGGGUUACCUGCAGGACAGGUGUAGGGGCAGAGCCUCAUACGAUGAGCUUCAGAAGCGUCGCUUUCAUGCUGUGUAUCGCAGAGACUUGCAGAUCAUUCAUCUCACCAAACAGGAGGCCAUGUUGGAAGUCAAAGACCUGUUGAAGCAGCUGGAUGACAUGCUGUCCUCUGCCUGUCAGUCAGCAGAAGCUGCUUAUAAAGUCUUGUACUGGGAUAAUCACACCAAGUCAUCAAGGUUCUAUGGAGGGAUAUUAAUCGUGGUGUGUCUACUCUAUGUUGCUCCGGUGGCCUGGGUGCUAGCUGGACUCAACAGUGUCAUGUUUCUGUGGAACAGAGACUUCUGCAGAGUUUUAUUGGAGCUUAAGAAACUGUUCCACAUGAGCAAGACACAGACUUCAGAAGGGGCGUGUGAAGAACAAGAACAAGGCAAUUUAUUGGAGAGGACCCCCACACCGACCAGUCUAGAGGAUCUGUCCCCUGGCAGUGUAGAAGAAGCUGAGGAAGCUGAGCCUGAUGACGAAUUUAAAGAUGCCAUUGAGGAAACCCCAUUGGUUUUGGUGGAGGAUGAUGAUGGACCCCUUGGAGCUCCCGAGUAUGACACUAUCUCUGAAAAUGGUCUUCUAAGCCGAAACGAACCAAUACGCAGCAAAGUGUCUAAACUGACAGAGAAACUGCGUAAACGCUAUCCCACAACCGUCACAGGCAACUGUUCGAGCUGCAAUGCCGUCUUCUCAGUUCUGAAGAAAAGGAGAAACUGCAGUAACUGUGGCAACAGCUUCUGCUCUCGAUGCUGUUCCUUUAAGGUGCUGAAAUCUGUUAUGGGGGCAACAGCUCCAGAAGCACAGAGAGAGACAGUGUUUGUUUGUGCUGCCUGUAAUUCCACUCUCAUCAAACCACAGUGAGAUGGCAUGUUGGUUAUAUCUCCCAACGGUCAGCAAGUGUUCUCUCACUGUUUGGCCCUGAGCCCUAUAUUGGACCCUGACGUACAUGCCUUUGUGUUCAUGUUAAGGCUCUUCUGUCAAGAAACAUCCCAUGUGGAGCUCCUACACUCCUUUGCCUUUAUCAGUUCCUCGUUAGCUUCUCUUGUUGCUUAUGGGAUUUCUACUAUUCCUGUUGUUGGAUUUUUCUUUUUUUGUGCUAUCAGUGAAGGACUGGAUCUUAUCACUCAAUGAGACUCAGCACAGUACACAGUGGCUCUAAAAUCAAAGGACCUAUUUACAGUCUUUCUGAGAAGGACCAAUAUAUGCACAGUGAUAACCACGACUCAGCUAGUAGUGAUUGGUGGUUAAAAUAAGUGAACAGGGUUACAGCGGUUUUGCUUUACAAUCUUUGCCUCACAAUAACGGUGAUGGCUCGUGAAUUUUGAUAUCUUAAGGACUGUUUGGCAGAUUAAUGACAAUGUAAUGCUGAAGGACCUUUCUGUAAGAACAUAAGGCAUCAAAUCUGCCGUUCAGACUGAUGAAUAUGAUGUGGGACAAUGCUUAAGUUGUGCUUAAGCUUGUUCAAAAGUACAAGAUAAUGCUGAAGGACCUUGACAUCCAUCUGUCACCAAUAUGAUAUGAUGAAUUGUGGGUUUGUCCGAGAUUCUGAAGGAAAGUUUGAGUUCUGAGUCACACCGGGCCACAGCCACAGUAAGCCACCUCUGGCCCCAAGAGAAUGUUUGUGAAGAGUUGCUGGAGGUUUCUGGCUCUUGUUAAGUAAAGUUGCAAAGAGAGCAUUGCAAAAAAAACUUGUGAUUGCUUCUGUUGCGGGCAGAUCGCUGCGGGCACUAGUAGUGUGCGAGGAAGAUGCCAACUUGUUUGGAGACAUUUAUCAUUUUAGUCUCUGAGCUGUAGUAAAAGUUGAAAAAGAACAGUGCAAACUGGAAAAAGAGAACAUUUGCCUUCAUAGUACAAGUUGUGCCUUACUGGAACAAACACAUUUUAAAAGGGUCACCUUUCACUUUGAAGCCGAAUGUUCUCCAUCUCCGGUUUCUGUCACACCUUUACAGUUUUGCUGCUGUUGGCGAGUAGUUUGCGAUUGUUUUCACUCCAGUCUCCUAUCAACCAGUCAUCUCACAGAGCUUUGACUGUUCAUCAUGUCUGAGUGAAUAGGGCUUUAGCAGUCAAUAUCAGAGUGUCUGCCAGCACCUGCUUACCAACUGAUUGGCACAUGCACGACAGAUAGUUUGCUCACAUAAGAUCAUUUUUGAGCAAAUGCUAUCCUGGUAAUCCUGGUCUGGAAAACUCACUGUGAUUAGAUUUGUCUUUUUCAGUUGAUUUUCCUACCAGAGGAAGCGGAUGCAGAAAAGCAUAAAAAACUGAAAAUGCAAAGCAAAGUCUCACACAGUGUGGUUUUGUUGAAGGCAGGGUCUGAGCCGUUUUCAAAGUUGAGCAGACCAGUUUACUCUUGUAAUAAUCUAAUUGCUGCUGCAUUUCAGUUGUCAUGGUUUCCUACGUGGGCGUGUCAAACAAGCUUUAUUGUAUUACAGCAGCACGUCCAAAGGUCCUUUGAGUCCAUGUUUUUCGUCUGACUGGAUCGAGUCGACCCAUCUGGAUAAAAAUAAUUUGAGUGGACCG